AUGGGUAAAACAUGUACAACUUGUUCUUGGGGACUGUGGAUGGGAGGGGUUGGAGUACUGGUGCAUGUGAUGAGGAAACUACAAUCCUCUUUCUCACGUUCAAAAGGGGUGAAGCAUGGCCAUUUUGUGGUGAUUGCAACUCAAGGGUGGAAGCCUGAGAGAUUCUUCAUUGAAUUGGGGUAUUUAGAUCACCCUGACUUUGUCAAGUUGUUAGAGCAAGCUGAAGAAGAGUUUGGGUUCUCUCAGGUAGGAGCACUUGCAAUUCCUUGCCAACCUGAUGAACUCAAGAGAAUCAUUGGAAGGGAAAAUAAUAGGAACAAGGGCAUUACCUGUUGGGUUAAAGGGAUUACAGUUGCAUGA